CUUGUUUUGUCUCUAAAGCAGACGUGGAAAGUCCUCUAAAAGUAGAGAGCUUUAAUUACCAAUUCAAAGCUCAUUUUGUAAGCAAAAGCUUAGGCCAGAAAGAAAACCUUUGUAGAGCAGAGCAGAGCAGAGAGCUCUUAAUUCUCUUUGAUGGAUUAGGAUAAUUGAGGGACCAAGCUUGAAACUUUCUUUAGUGAUUUUGGUGAAUUUCAAAACCCAGUUGUGGAUUUUGGUUCACUGCUGCUUUUGAACAGUUAUUGACAGGAGGAAACCAGUGAGCUCUCCCUGGUUAGUGAGUUUGGCCUGGUAGUUAAUGGCAGGAAUGGCCCAAGAAGAAGGAUCAUCAUCUGUAACUUCAUCACCUCUUCAGUUCUUUCCGUGGAUGCCACUAUCACCAGGGACGGGAUCACCAUACCCUUGGCUUAGGGAGCUGAAAUCUGAAGACAGAGGUUUGUGUCUGAUCCAUCUUCUGCUUGCCUGCGCAAACCAUGUAGCAGCUGGUAGUAUUGAGAACGCAAAUAUUGGCCUUGAGCAAAUCUCCCAUCUUGCCUCUCCUGAUGGUGAUACCAUGCAGCGGAUUGCUGCGUACUUCACCGCAGGACUUGCUGAUCGCAUUCUUAAAGGAUGGCCGGGUUUGCACAAAGCUCUCAAUCCAAAACAAGCAUCUUUGAUAUCUGAAGAAAUUCUUGUUCAAAGAUUAUUCUUUGAGCUCUUUCCCUUCUUAAAGCUUUCAUAUGUGAUCACAAAUCAGGCCAUUAUAGAGGCAAUGGAAGGGGAGAAGAUGGUUCAUAUCAUAGAUCUAAAUUCAUUUGAACCUGCUCAGUGGAUAAAUCUUCUUCAAACAUUAAGUGCACGGCCUGAAGGCCCGCCUCAUUUGAGAAUAACAGGUAUUCAUGAGCAGAAGGAGGUAUUGGAGCAAAUGGCUCUUCGAUUGACAGAAGAAGCUGAAAAGCUGGACAUCCCAUUUCAGUUCAAUCCUAUUGUGAGCAAACUAGAGAAUCUUGACCUUGAAAAUUUGCGUGUUAAGACUGGAGAAGCUCUUGCUGUCAGUUCUGUACUCCAGCUGCAUACUCUAUUGGCAAUGGAUGAUGAGAUGCAUAGAAGGAACUCUCCAUCAGGAUAUAAGAAUCCAAACUCUAACCAUUUUCAGAGAGUACAGAUUAAUCAAAACCGACGCACUCUUGGUGAUUGGCUUGAGAGAGAUGUGGUUAAUGCCUAUAGCUCAAGUCCUGACUCAGCAUUAUCCCCACUAUCUCUUGCUGCUUCACCAAAGAUGGGCAGCUUUCUAAAUGCACUUAGGAGUCUCUCACCAAAAUUGAUGGUGAUAACUGAGCAAGAAUCAAAUCAUAAUGGGUUUAAUUUAAUGGAGAGGGUCACAGAAGCAUUGAAUUUUUAUGCUGCGCUAUUUGAUUGUUUGGAGUCUACUGUAUCAAGAGUAUCAUUAGAGCGGCAUAAGGUUGAGAAGAUGUUAUUUGGGGAGGAAAUUAAGAACAUCAUUGCUUGUGAGGGAACUGAUAGAAAGGAGAGGCAUGAGAAGUUGGAAAAGUGGAUUCUAAGGCUUGAGUUGGCUGGAUUCGGGAUCAUUCCUCUGAGCUACCAUGGUAGGCUGCAGGCAAACAGGUUUUUGCAGAGUUAUGGCUAUGACGGAUAUAAAAUCAAAGAAGAAAACGGAUGUUUGGUUAUUUGCUGGCAGGAUAGACCGCUUUUCUCUGUGUCAGCUUGGAGAUUCAGGAGGUAUGACUGAGAGAUUAUCAAACAUAUGGGGAGUGUGCUUUCUUUUAUUUUGUUACUGUUAUAUGUAUAAAGGGUGAUAACUUUUAAUGCGCAGUUGCAUAAUGCUCUACUGCAAGUUUCAAACGUUUCCUCCAUUUAUUUGACAUUUUUGUAAAAUUUUCCUUAUUUACUUUCUGAUAGAGAUUGGAUGA